AUGGAAAAAACAGCAACACAAGCUCUUGAACUUCUAGAGAGGGUCGCUUAUCACAAUUAUGAGUGGACAAAUGAAAGGGGAGACACAAGAAGACCAGCAGGGAUCCUGGAAGUGGACGCCCUAAGCAUGAUAAAUGCUCAGUUUGACCAACUCACUAAAAGGCAUGACAAAAUGCAAGCAAAUGCUAUGCCAUCCUACGCUAAGUUCCUUAAAGAAAUACUUUCAAAGAAGAGAAGGUUGGAAGACUAUGAGACUGUUGCUCUUACAGACGAAUGCAGUGCCAUAUUACAAAACAAGCUGCCACCAAAGCUCAAAGAUCCAGGAAGCUUCUCUAUACCUUGUCUUGUUGGCAACAUGAAAAUAGACAAAGCACUCUGUGAUCUAGGUGCAAGUGUGAGUUUGAUGCCUCUAUCAAUAUGUCGGAAGCUGGAUGUAGGGGAGCUCAAACCCACAACAAUUUCAUUGCAGUUGGCUGAUCGAUAUGUCAAGUACCCGAUUGGCAUCCUAGAGAACAUCCCCAUUAAGGUGGGAAAAUUCUUCAUUCCUGUUGAUUUUGUUGUCUUGGAAAUGGAGGACGAUGUCCAAAUUCCUAUCAUCCUGGGAAAACCUUUCUUGGCAACCACCGGAGCUAUUAUAGAUGUUAAGAAUGGGCAGUUAACUCUUAAGGUAGGAGAUGAAGAAGUAGAAUUCAACCUGUUUGGGGUAAUAAAGCAUAAACUUGAACCUGAUAAAUGCUUAAGAGUUGACAUAAUUAACGAGCUAAUUGAAAAGGAAUCUCACAAAACACAUCCUGAAGAUCCUCUUGAAGCAUGCAUAAUGCACAGCUAUACAACAGACAAUGAAAACACAGAUAUUUAA